CGAAACAAUUGCACAGACAUCUAUUGAAGGGAGUUCGCGACUGUACUAGAGUUGAUGACAAGAAGAGAACUCAAGACGAAAACAAGAGUACCCACAAAACUUCUAUUCUUGUGCGAGAAGCUCGAGAUUCCAUUAGUGAUCUUUUCCGAAUCGUAAAGGAGGCUUCUCCAGAUCGCAACGGACUCUCAAGCUUAGAGCACAGCCCGGAGCUUAAAAAACAAAAGUUUCCAAGCAAAGGAGGUCGCCCAAGAAAGCGUAGGGAAGCCAAGAACCCAAGUUUCCCAGUCGAUUUAGCUGGACUAUCUGCAUCUGAAGCACCGACACAACCAACCCCCCCUCACCCCAAAGUCGACAUGGCGCCUACUUAUAGAAAUCAAAAUCGGCGGCAGAACAGAACAGGUGUCAUUGACCAUGAUAUCUAUGAAGGUAUUCCAGUUCGCCAAUGGCGUCGUGAAUAUGUUACCGUGGCACCUCCCCCAACUCAAGACAGUACAACCUCUCAAAAUGAUAUCUGGGCUGUUGAACUUCCACACGGUAUGCCAAAGGACUCACAUCUCUUGCCGCAGCACAGUCAAGAUCUCUUAAGGGCUGCCCGAUCCGGCAGGAUAUAUAAACGACCCGCUCCACCAGAAGAGGAGGAAGCUGAUCCCGAGGCAAUCCUUGGUGACAAGCCAGAAAAGAAGGAAGAAGAUCCAAAAGACAAAGGCUUCACUGCCAAAGCAUGGAAACCGGCACCUCGUCACCUGGAUCUGACAGAUAACGAUUAUUUGGCCAAGAAGAGAAAGAAUUUGGUCCCCAAGAAGCCAAAUCCUCCUCCCGUGAUAGCGACUGUGACAAAGACAACUGUGAAGCGAAUUGAUGCUGCUGGAAACGAGUAUGUUCAGGAUGUGGUUGUACCUCAUGGUCAAAAAGUAGAAGGAGAAGUCAUUGCACAAACAGUCAUUCCAGAUCCAAGUGCAAUCGCCGAUCCGUUCACUGCACAGCCGACACCACCUAAGCGUAAAGGAGGUACAUCGAAAAAGAAGCUCAAGGGACCAGGAAGAGGCAGAAAGAAGAAACAGCAGCAACUUGCUCCUACGAGUGCCCCUCAACCCGCACCGGUAGAUGGUGUAGUACAAAGCACGCCUGUUGAGGGAGUUGUAGGAGCUGAGGGCAUGAAGAUCGAGGCCGAUGCAAAUGGAACACCGACAAAUAACGAAGACACAGAAAUGGGAGAAGGGUCCAUGGCUGCCUCUGACGACGAUGAUGGAGAUGAUGGAGAUGAUGGCGAAGACGGUGAUGACGGAGACGAUGAUGAAGGAUCCGACGCCCAAAACUCUCCAUCAAAACGUCCAAGGACGACUUCUCCUCCUCCAGGGUCAUUACCACCUAUUUCUUCAAUCCCAGAUCUGGCUCAGCCUGACACAAUCAUGGGUGGGACUGAGCUUGCUGGACCUGCGAAGAUUUUCACGGACCGAGAGAAGUCCGAAGGGAAAUCGGGUAGUCCAUUGAAGACAGUCGCCUUGACAGCAUCGGCUCUUACGUCGCCUCAUGAAUCACCAACAUUUGCAGGUCCAGCAGGAACAUUCCCAGAACCUGCACAUCAAAGCCCAGUUACAGCUAGUACGGAGGUGUCAGAUCUAAAUGAAGUGAUGCAGCAAGAGGUAGUUGAAAGCGCGCCAACAAUACUUCCUCCGCCUCCUCCUGAACCCACGGAAGCCGAGGUCGAAGCUGCCGUGGAAAUGCGUCAAGAGGAAGAGGAGGAGGAAGAAAUGCUACUUGAUAUUCAAGACAAUGCCAACAACGCACAGAUUGGUGGUCCGGAACCAGUAGCUCCAGAACCAAUCGUCUCAGAACCAGUCAUCUCGGAACCUGAGCGAGAAGUUAUCGUGGAGAAGCUUCUAGUGGAAGUGGUUCCCGUAGAAGUCAUUCCCACCGAAAUCAUUCCUCCCGCAGUUGCUCCUACGGAAGCCGUUCCUAUCGAGACCAUUCCUGCCGAGGUUGUAGAAACUGUCGAAAUUCCCAGCGUGGUGCAGACCGUUAUAGAGCCACCUGUUUUGCAACCAGUUGAGGUGACCGAAAUAGGUGAAGUAGUCGAAGAAAGAAAAGCCGAAGAGCCAGCACCAGAACUAGCGCCUGUAUCAGCGCCAGUGCCAGAAUCGAUACCGGCUCCAGAAGCCGAUGACGACGAUGACAAUUAUCCAGAUUUAUUAGGCGGACUCGAGAGAUCGUUGGAGAAGAAAGAAGCGAAACAGGAGAAGGUGGAAACUGAGGAUGGGAAAGAGGCUGAGCCAGCUCCAGCAGUUGAGUCGUAGUGAUGAAUUUAUAUCAGGGUGCUUUAUUUGUU